GUGUGCCGAGGUGCCGUGGCCCCGGAAACUACAAGACCCUGAGGGUCAGAGUAGCGGAGCCCUCCCCUUGUGCGCAGGCGCGGCCUGGGGCGGGGCGGGGUCGCGCACGCGCACGCGCAGAGGCCCUGACCCAGGGCUGGGCUUGGUUGUCAUGAGAGCGGCGGCUGCGGCCGGGGCGAUGGGCAGACGCGGCCUGGUCUGCUUUUUCCCUGUCACUGCCGCAGCAGCUUGGGGUGCAAGGCGGCCUGGGGCGGCGGAAGGGGCGCCCCCUGAGUUCCGUCUGAGGAAGCGGCGGCUGCCGAGGAAGUCCACGAGAGCCGGGUCCCGCCCGCCCCUGGGGUCCGGGUGCUGAGGCGCCGCCUGGCCGCCUCCCCGGGCCGCGGCACCGCUGAGACCCAGCCGCCCUCUCCACCGGGGCCGCGGCAGCGCCAGUCGGGGCCCUUCCGUCUAAGCAGCCCAAACGUGCAGAAUGCCCCACAAGAUUGGAUUUGUAGUCGUCAGCUCAUCUGGACACGAAGACGGCUUCAGUGCCCGGGAGCUCAUGAUCCAUGCGCCAACCGUCAGUGGGUGGCGGUCACCUAGAUUUUGCCAAUUUCCACAAGAAAUUGUCCUUCAAAUGGUGGAGAGAUGUCGAAUAAGGAAACUACAGUUACUUGCUCACCAGUAUAUGAUUUCAAGUAAAAUUGAGUUCUACAUUAGUGAAAGCUUGCCUGAAUAUUUUGCACCCUAUCAAGCAGAGCGGUUUCGAAGACUUGGCUACGUGUCUCUCUGUGAUAAUGAAAAGACAGGUUGCAAAGCCCGGGAACUAAAAUCAGUUUAUGUGGAUGCAGUAGGACAAUUUCUUAAACUGAUUUUUCACCAAAACCAUGUCAACAAAUACAACAUAUAUAAUCAGGUUGCUUUGGUUGCCAUAAAUAUCAUUGGAGACCCUGCAGAUUUCAGUGAUGAAAGCAAUACUGCCUCUCGAGAGAAGUUGAUUGACCACUACCUUGGGCACAACAGCGAGGACCCUGCUCUAGAAGGAACUUACGCCAGGAAAUCUGACUAUAUUUCUCCGCUAGAUGACUUAGCUUUUGACAUGUACCAAGAUCCAGAAGUUGCACAGAUUAUACGAAAAUUAGAUGAAAGAAAACGGGAAGCUGUCCAAAAGGAACGCUAUGAUUAUGCGAAGAAACUAAAACAAGCUAUUGCUGAUUUGCAAAAGGUUGGUGAGCGCCUUGGGAGGUAUGAGGUAGAGAAACGCUGUGCCGUGGAGAAGGAAGACUACGAUCUCGCCAAGGAGAAGAAGCAGCAGAUGGAGCAGUAUCGCACCGAGGUGUACGAGCAGCUGGAGCUACACAGCCUCCUGGAUGCCGAGCUGAUGCGAAGACCUUUUGAUUUGCCCCUCCAGCCCCUCGCUCGUUCUGGCAGUCCUCGCCACCAAAAGCCAAUGCCCUCCCUACCACAACUGGAAGAAAGAGGAACAGAAAACCAGUUUGCAGAACCUUUCCUUCAGGAAAAGCCUUCAUCAUAUUCUCUAACUAUUUCUCCUCAGCAUUCUGCAGUAGACCAGUUACUCCCUGCCACAGAUCCUCAUCCAAAGAUCAAUGCAGAGUCCCUGCCCUACGAUGAGCGGCCUCUUCCAGCUAUUCGUAAGCAUCAUGGGGAGGCAGUGGUGGAGCCGGAAAUGAGUAAUGCAGACAUCAGCGAUGCUCGAAGGGGAGGCAUAUUAGGGGAGCCAGAACCCUUAACUGAGAAGGCCUUGAGAGAAGCCAGCUCUGCCAUCGAUGUGUUGGGAGAAACCUUGGUUGCUGGGGCCUAUUCUAAGACAUGGUCCUACCGAGAGGAUGCACUGCUUGCCUUGUAUAAGAAGUUGAUGGAAAUGCCUGUUGGAACCCCAAAAGAAGAUUUAAAGAACACACUGAGAGCAUCCAUCUUUCUCAUUAGAAGAGCCAUAAAGGACAUUGUGACCUCCGUCUUUCAGGCUUCUUUGAAAUUGUUGAAAAUGAUCAUUACACAAUAUAUUCCUAAACAUAAACUGAGUAAACUUGAAACAGCUCACUGUGUGGAGAGGACCGUUCCCAUUUUGCUCACCAGAACUGGAGAUUCUUCUGCCCGCCUUCGCGUCACAGCUGCAAAUUUUAUUCAGGAAAUGGCCUUGUUUAAAGAAGUUAAGUCUCUCCAAAUUAUUCCAUCCUACCUGGUGCAGCCAUUGAAAGCAAACUCUUCAGUUCACCUGGCAAUGAGUCAGAUGGGCCUCCUGGCCCGGCUGCUGAAAGACCUGGGCACUGGCAGCUCAGGCUUCACCAUUGACAACGUGAUGAAGUUUUCAGUGAGUGCCCUGGAGCAUAGAGUGUAUGAGGUCCGUGAGACGGCGGUUAGAAUUAUUUUGGACAUGUACAGACAACACCAGGCUUCCAUCCUGGAGUACCUUCCUCCAGACGACAGCAACACACGCAAGAACAUUCUCUACAAAACAAUUUUUGAGGGAUUUGCUAAAAUAGAUGGCAGACCUACAGAUGCUGAGAUGAGGGCACGGAGAAAAGCGGCUACAGAAGAAGCAGAAAAACAAAAGAAAGAAGAAAUAAAAGCUUUACAAGGGCAGCUGGCAGCACUGAAAGAAAUUCAGGCUGAAGUUCAGGAAAAAGAAAGUGAUGCUGUGAAGCCAAAGAGUCAGGACAUUCAAGGAGGGAAAGCAGCCCCUGCCGAAGCUCUGGGAAUCCCGGAUGAGCACUAUCUAGAUAAUUUGUGUAUUUUUUGUGGGGAAAGGAGUGAAUCCUUCACAGAGGAAGGUCUGGAUCUCCACUACUGGAAGCACUGUCUCAUGCUGACAAGAUGUGGCCACUGCAAACAGGUGGUCGAGAUAUCCAGUCUGACGGAGCACUUGCUGACGGAAUGUGACAAAAAAGACAGGUUUGGAAAGUGUUACCGUUGCAGUGAGGCUGUUUUCAAGGAAGAGCUGCCCGGACACAUAAAAAACAAGGAUUGCAACCCUGCCAAACCAGAGAAGCUGGCAAACCGGUGUCCUCUGUGCCAUGAGAACUUCAGCCCUGGAGAAGAGUCACUGCAGUUACCAUGCUUAGUGAUACGUGAAUUAUCCCAGCUCUGGCCUAUGGCAGACUCUUCAGCUGGGCUCCUGAGGCCUGGAUGAGACCCACGCAGCCUCAGAGAGCUCCCUCCUGUUUGGUGCAUUCCUGCCCUGGACCUGAAAUCAGCCAUCUGAUCACAGAGGCCUGGUUCCCAUUAGCAGGAAUGGAUGUCUCAGGACAGCACUGGGGGCCUCAUGCCCACUGCUGCUGGGUGGGUCGCUGUGGCUGGACUCUCAGUGGACACAGCCGGGAGAAAUCAAGGGAAGUAAGCUCCAUCACUCAUGCACAUACACUUCCCCUUCCCGUCCUGAGCUGCAGGCUUUAUUUAACCUUGUCUCUCCCAACAUCUGUGUCUCCUUUCUUACAUCCAUGGGCCCCGGUUCCCAAAGGCCCAGGAGACAGAAUUCAGGUAUUGGAGGCGACCAGUUCACCUUGGCCCCCACUGCACCUGGGGCAGCCCCAGCACAGUGGCACCUGCACCGCCAGCAGGAGAUGCCACUGGAAAUUAGAUCUGUUCCCAGUUCUUGUCCUGACCACAUCUGCCACUGGUGACGGGGGUCCCAGUGGCCCUGUGUUGGAGGGACUUGGGUGAGCCCUGGCUAGCAGUGCCACCAACUGUAAAUACAUUCAUUUUAUAUUACAUUUCUAGGGGACUUUAAAGAAUUAAGUUCUGUAAUUACAGAAGACAUGUUUCCGGGUCGAUAGAAUCAGGCAUCUUAGAAGAACCCCGGACAGAGGCUGCCGUCCUGCCCCGCUUCCAUCCGCCUUCCUCCACCCCAGACGGAGGCGCCGUCCUGCCCCGCUUCCAUCUGCCUUCCUCCACCCCAGACGGAGGCGCUGUCCUGCCCUGCUUCCAUCCGCCUUCCUCCACCCCAGACGGAGGUGCCAUCCUGCCCCGCUUCCAUCCGCCUUCCUCCAGGGGCUGCUUUUCCUACAGGGCAUCCGGCCCCUUUUCUACCCAAUAUAAGCAGCUCUCACUGCACAUACAUCUUUUCCGCUGGUUAUCUCCAGAAUGUAGGAGCCUUUGUGUUUGCAUUCGAGUUGUUACCUUUACUUGUCCUUCCGUGCAGUGCCCAUCGUCCCCUCUGAUUUCAGUUAUUGCCAUUGGUUUCCUGCUAGGAGCAGUACUCAGAUUCUCCUGUAACAGCCUUUUCUUCCUUCCCUUCUUGUUCCCAACAUCUGAUUUGAAUUGACAUCCUCUUACAGGUAGUACCUGUAAAGCUGUCACCAGGCAUAUCUCAUGUGUCAUCUGCUUUCCCUGUAUCUAAUUCUCUGCACUGCCUUACACAUCACCACACACCCUGCAGCAUAAGCAGAAAACACACACUCACUUAUUACCUCACGGGUUCCCUGGGUCCAGAGCCAGGCUUCAUUCUCAUCUGUCGGCCCUGCUAGGGAAGGACUCACUUCCAGGCUCAUCCCAGCAGCUGGCAGUAAUAUGUUCUAGGGGGCUGUCAACCCAGAGCCAUUCAACUCCUAGAGGCCCCCACCGUCAGCACCGGGGGCCUCUCUGUUGGACAGCUCACUUCCUCGAGGCCAGCAGGAGGCUCUGCCACUCUAGCCUGCUGAGACACGUCUUUCUAAUUUCGUGUGAAUUGUUUUGCCAUUCGUUCUUCAAAUAUUUUUCCUCUCUUCAGCGUUCCCUCCCUUCUCUCCUGCCUGCAGGCUCGUGAGUGUGAAGACUGCUCAAUCUGUUCUGUGGGUCACUGGGCUUUGUCCAGUGUUUCCUUUCUGUUCUAGUUGAAUGGCCCCGCGCCCUUUCUCCUUCCAUCUCCAGUCCUCUGUUAAGUGAAUAUUCCAUUUUCAAUCUUGUACUUUCCAAUUCUAGUAUUUGUGUUUGGCUGGGAUUUCUUUACAGGUUUCAUUUCUCUGCCGAGAUUCACCUCUGUUCACUCAUUAAGAUCACCUGUUUUUAACAGCUUCACGGAGAUCUAGUCUGCACAGCCUCUCCCCAUGGACAGAUAGUGGGUUUUCAUGUAUUCAGGGUUGUGCAACCAUCCGCACACAUGUGGAACUUUUCCAUCACCCAAAAGACAGCACUUUCUACAUGUUGCCCCUUUUCUCCCCAGCCCCCUCUCCAGCCCCUGGCAACCAUCUGUCUAGUUUUGGUCUCUAUGGAUUUGCCUACUGUGGACAUUUCCUGUAAAUGGAAUCGGACUCUAUGCGGCCUUUGUGUCUUUGACUUAACAUGUUUUCAAGGUUCUCCCGGGUUCUAAUAAAUCAGUAGCACUU